UCCUCAGCUAGUAAUAAUGAAGGAGAAAUUUUGAUAGAAGAUGCAAAUGAAAUUCCGUUAAAUAACAGCAACGAAAUGGCGACUGAUCAUGAUGGCGAUAUGGACUUACGUGAUCUACAACAACAACUGAAAGACCUACAGCAAGAGAUGAAAAUGAAAGUCGAGGCGCUUGAAAGCCAGCUCAAAGAAGAGAGGGAGGCUCGACAAGAGCUGGAGGAAAUUCUGGAGAAGAAUGUAUUCAGAUUAGAAAACAUUAAGAGUAACAACAAACUUAUUCGUUUCUACACUGGGUUUGAUAGCUAUGAAACACUUUGUAUGGUGCUUGACUUUCUAGGUCGUGACGCAGCUGCCAACUUAAACUAUCAAAACAAAGAUAGAUCAAAUAGCAAUUCAACUAGAAAUUCAGGACGUGCAAGGGCUUUAUCUGUGGAAAAUGAAUUUUUUAUGGUGCUUUGCAGAUAUAAAGUAGGUUUACUUGAAGAAGAUUUAUGUCACAGAUUCUCUGUAUCCCAAGGCCUUGUUAGUCAGGUCAUCAGCACUUGGACUAAGUUUAUGUUCUAUAGAUUUAAAGAACUUGACAUUUUUCCUAGUAAGGAAAUUAUCGAUACUCACAGACCACAAUGCUUUAACCACAAGUAUAAGAGCACUACAUUAAUCAUUGAUGCGACAGAUAUCUACAUCGAAAAGCCAAGCAAUCCGUCUGCACAGCAACUAACAUUCUCAACCUACAAGAACACCAACACUCUAAAGGCAUUGGUUGGAAUAACUCCAAAAGGGCCUAUAUCAUUUGUAUCAAGUCUGUAUGGUGGGUCAAUUUCAGAUCGAGAAAUCACUCAGCUUUCAGGUCUUAUCGAUAAAGUGGAACGUGGACAUGCUGUAAUGGCUGACAGAGGUUUUAAUAUUGGAGCUGAUUUAGCUGAAAAGGGGGUUCCUNUUUACAGUGAAACUAGUGAAAAGCAUCAUGAAAUAAUAUAUCAAGUUAAAAAAUCAAUAGCAAUUGGUUACUAUGAAAACCUUUCCUCACAAUUGUCUGGCAUCAUCUAG